AUGACUGCCCGUUUUUUGUGCUUGCUUGCUAUACUUACGUAUGUCACCGCCGACUCCAUAAUUGAGGAAGGGUCUCAAAACACAGUGAGUCAUGUAAGUGCGGCAUGUCUCUUUUCAGAAGCGCUGCAUGGAAUACCCUUCGGUGUGAAGGCCCUCAAAGCGUUGGCGGCAGCGAAUGUCUCGGAUGCCUCUAAAGCGAGAGAAGGUUGCCAAGAUGCCGUGAGACGAGCGGAGGAUGCCUCUUGGAAUAAUCCCAAAGCGGAGGAGGCCGUCGGACGCGCUCGCGCUGCCCUAAAGGAAGCAGAGAGCGCGGAGAAUGCCGCCAAGACGGCCCUGUCGGAUGUGGAGCAAUACGCGGCCCGUGCCCCACUGCUCGCAGCCGGAAAGACCGCUCCGAUUGAUGAUUAUCUGAAAAGUGUUGCAGAGGACAAUAGUGCCGCCAGUACUGCAAGACGAAUUGCGAGAGGCUGCAGUCUCCCAAAUAGAGGAGUUAACUCCUGGGUGCUGACACAGGCUGUGGAAUCCGCAUGUGCUAUUUUCAUGGGUGAAAUAUGUAGGAUCGCGAGGACGCGUAUGGUUGAUCUCAGGGCGGAAUAUGAUCAAUUAGAGGCUGCUGUGCGGCGUGCCGGCGAAGCAAGAGUUGCAGCAAGGGCAGCUGAAAGCAACGCACGCAAGGCAGCUGAGGAAGCCGAAAGGACGGCAGAGACGGAAGAAGCGGAUGUUCAAGAGAUUUCGAGGGAGGAAUUUGAGGGAAACGUGGAGGUUCCAGAGGACAAGGAAAAGACGGGAAGAACGGAAGUUGAGGAAGUGCCGAAGAAGGAUCCUGAAGGAAACGUGGAGGUUCCAGAGGACAAGGAAAAGACGGAAAGAACGGAAGUUGAGGAAGUACCGAAGAAGGAUCCUGAGGGAAAAGUGGAAAUUUCUGACGAUGAUCAUGUGCAGGAAUUGGGUGACGAUGAGGGUGAGGAAGCAGAAGUUGGUAAUGACGGCAGCUAUGCAGAAUCUAUAGGAGGAUACACAUUACUGAUCCUUCUUGCAGCACUUUUUCACAGUGCUGCCGCACAUUUUUAA